CUGAUGGUUUUAUGUCAUGCAAAAAUACAACCAUUAGUUGUGGCGUAUUGUGGCUUUCUCCGUUUGAACCCUCAAUACAGGUAAAAUGAUUAAGGGAAUUGUGAUUUUCAUCCUUUUGGUGAGCAUUGGAGCAUUUUGCCAGCGACAGCAUUUGGACAAGGUGGUUCUCAGAGACUUCUACAGAUCAUCUCAGGGUCCUGUUCCUAAGCACAGCUCUCCAAUGGGAAUUUAUGCCGAGUCACGUUCAAACUACCGUGAAGAUAACUGCUGUGUCAAGAGGAAGAUAGUACAAAACGGAAAAAUCAAGUCUCAGUGUCGCAGCGAGCAUCCUGAUUGUUUUUCUAAAUCGAGUCCUACAAGCCCUAGUUUUGGGAAGUGCGAAUCUGUGAGGGACAGUGAAGAUGAUGUAAUUGCUUGUCGAUGCGCUGCUAAAAAAUAGGAAAGUAACCCUCUCUGAUCUUGAACAUCCUUUUCAGGGGAAGUUCUUAAUUAAAGUCUAAACAUAAAGGAAUACAAAAGGCCGUAAUGCCUAUCUAUUGUUGUCUUCUCUGCAUCGGAAUAAUUUGAUUUACGAUUCUCCACCAUUAUUAAUAGUGAUUGUGCGACCUCUGUAGAGUGAAUACCACAGGUCUUUCUCUUUGAGCUUACAUGCUUCGUCCUCUUUGCGUGGUUUAAGCACAAUCAAAAUAACUGUUGCUUCCACGUGUCUUUCGUUAUCUAGAUUAGCAAAUAUCAUUUACAAAUGUAUGUGAAAAAUAAUAAAACUGUUCGUGGUUUCCACAAAUAGUUAUCCCUUCCACGUUGAUUCCCGUAAGAAACUAAACCGGCUAAGGUAAGCAACGCAUAGUAUCGCCUGAAAAUGCAUCAAUGAAAUCCAGUGGUUACACCUC